UCCGGAGGGAGAUCGAGAGCCGCCAUAGCUCUGCCUGUGUUGGUGUGUGUCAGAGCAACUGUGAUGGGUUUGCGCCGCUGCUUAAUGACGCCGAAGAAACUCGGCCUCUGUCUGGUUCUGAUGGUCCUCGGUCUCCUCGCGUUACUGAUGAUCAGUGUCCCCAGCACCACUAGACACGAGAGUGACAGAGCUUCUCUAUCUAAUGGCGUACAUGUUUCCCAGCCUCCAAAGGCCUCUUUGUCAAACAAUCGACUAAAUGCAGAGGCUGAGUCUGAGAGAGAGUCUGUGGUUCCCCACUGUACUUUUGACGAGUGCUUCAACCUGAAAAGGUGUCCUCUGAACAAACCGUUUGCUGUCUACGUGUACAACUCUUUCGUCUUCCCUGUGACUCGUAAUGUGAACCAGCUAUCGGAGCUCGUGACUAGCUUGAUCACGACGGGUUCUUACACUUUAGACCCGGACGCUGCCUGCGUGUUUGUGGCUGUCAUUUGGAACAGUGGAGAAGGUGUCCCGCUGGAUAUGACGUCAAAUAUUGAAUCGCUUGCACAUUGGGGACACGAUGGUGAGAAUCAUAUUCUGAUAGAGCUUUCGACUGACCAGAGCACUGCCAGCCUACUGGAGGGUGUUUCAACGGGCAGAGCCAUCGUUGCAAGGAGCUUCAUCUCACUAACCAGACCAUUUCGUGCUGGCUUUGAUACCUUGCUUCCUCCUGUCCUGACGACAGAGGUGCAGUUGAAAGACUUGCCCCUUCUUCUCCCUGUCUCUCGACAGAACUUCAUCUACUUUCACGGGGACUUUGCCUCAAAUUAUCGACCAAGCUCGAGUUCCAUUUCUCCAUCAGACAUUAACAACCUCAACCAAUCCUUGAAAGGGAAAGGGAAGGUGGACAUUAUGCUAGAGUGCUCCUGGUCAAAGUCUAAGUUGCCUCUGAGAGAGAUAAGGGAACAGUGGAGAUUGUGUGGAGAUCAGAGUUCUCGUUUGGAGCUCUGUUCCAAGUCCAUGUUCUCCCUGGUCCCAAGUCCAGACGGCCCUGGACCUGGACUCGGAGUCUGCACUUAUACCAGACUAAUAGAAUCUCUAAUGUGUGGCUCUAUACCAGUGGUCAUUGGAGUGGGGAUGCUCCCAUUUAACGAAGUGAUUGACUGGAGCCAGGUGGCCAUAUCUAUUCCUCUCGGGAGACUACCUGACCUACACUACAUCCUGCACAGUGUCAGCAGCGAAGAUAUUCAGAACCUAAGACUUCAGGGUCGGAACCUCUGGUACAACUACUUCCGUCUCUCCAAUAACAGUCAUCCAGAGUGCCCUCAACAUAGUGAGGUCCAGAACGCUCCACCCACCUCCCCUUGCUCCCGACUUUGCCUGGAAAACUCUCCUCUCUAGAACCACCAGUAGCAGCUACGUACAAAUACGCUCUCCUGUCCACACUCACAACUUCACCACCUACUCGUCCAGUUUCUGGAACAGUGUCCCCGGUCCCCAUUUCUCCUACCCCAACACUCCCUUCAAACCUGGGCCUAUCUCCGGCUCCCAGUUCAGUGAUCUCGACAACGUCGCACUCUCUGAUCUUCAUUCACACGUGGUCGGUGGAAAAGUCGUCACAGGUUCUGCGUUCGCCCGACACAUUUUUGGGAAUUCCCCCGAAGAGCAGUUUACAGUGAUACUGUUGACGUACAAGAGGAACCAAGUCCUUGCUGGGAUUUUGGAUAAAUUGAAAAACGUACCGUUCCUGAACAAGGUGAUUGUUGUCUGGAACAAUGGCGAAGACCCACCUACUAUGAUGUGGCCCAACAUAGGAGUACCUAUUGAGGUUGUCCGUGGUAAGGGGAACAGUCUCAAUAACAGGUUCCUGCCAUUCUCAGAGAUAGAGACUGAGGCAGUGCUCUCUCUUGAUGACGAUGCCUCUCUUACACCUGAUGAGAUCCAAUUUGGCUUCAGGGUUUGGCGUGAGGCCAGGGACCGCAUGGUGGGGUAUCCAGGACGAUCCCAUUCCUAUGACGUCAAGCGACAGAGUUGGGUCUACAAUAAUGACUAUGACUGUGAGGUGUCUAUAGUGCUCACUUCAGCCGCCUUCUUUCACAAGAUAUACCUCUACCUGUACUCGUACUGGAUGCCGCAGGAGGUGAGGGACAUGGUGGACCAGUACAUGAACUGUGAGGACAUUGCCAUCAACUUCCUAGUCUCACACAUCACCAGGAAACCUCCCAUCAAGGUGACAUCGAUUCAGUUCUUCCCCUGCCCCACUUGCCCACAGCACCUCUCUGCCAACAAUGACCACUACAACGAGCGUCACAAUUGUCUCAAUAUCCUCACCGGUAUCUAUGGCUACAUGCCCCUCCUCUACACACAGUUUCGCGGUGGCUCUGUCCUCUAUGAGGCCUCUACAUCCAAAAGAUGCUUCGAUCGUAUCUGAUCAUUUUAGUGAAAUAAUCAUGCACCUUUGUGGGCAAUAUUAUUCAUUUGUUACCAUUUUUUGGUCACCAGUAUAUAUUGGACGUGGACUUUGUACUCUGCUACUGUUUACAGUGAAACCUAUGAAAAUCAUAUAAUAUGAUGAAUAGCACUAAUA